GUUUCCAGCCCACAGACGGUGCACUUCGAGGAAUGAACGCAGCUCCUGUAACACUUCCCUCUGAGCUUCAGUGAGUCUAGGAGUUUGUUGGAUUUAUUAGGUUGUCAUAAAACGACCUAAUCUACGUUCACGACACGUAAAUGAGAAGACAUUUGGACAAAACAGCCCACCUUACAGCGCUGAUGUAAAGUAGUUUGCCGUCAAAGCCUAAAGAGAGCUAUUGUCCCACCAACAUCUGAAGCCAAGAGCCAUUAACAGGUACUUAUGGGGCAGGGGGAGGUUUCAGCCACAGGCUCAGCCAUGGAGGGGGACUGCCUCAGCUGCAUGAAAUACCUCAUGUUCAUCUUCAACUUCUUCAUCUUUCUGGGCGGGUCCUUCCUGCUGGGUGUCGGAGUGUGGGUGCUGGUGGAUCCCAUGGGCUUCAGGGAGAUCGUGGCGGCCAACCCCCUGCUGUUCACGGGGGUCUACGUCAUCCUGGCCAUGGGUAGCAUGCUGUUCCUGCUGGGCUUCCUGGGCUGCUGCGGGGCCAUCCGCGAAAACAAGUGUCUGCUGCUCUUUUUCUUCAUGCUCAUCCUCUUCAUCUUUCUGGCUGAACUGGCAGCUGCCAUCCUGGCUUUCCUCUUCAGAGAGCAUUUAACCAGAGAGUAUUUCACCAGGGAGCUGAAGCGUCACUACCAAGGUCAAAACAACACUGAUGUCUUUACAUCCACAUGGAACGCCAUCAUGACUUCGUUUGAUUGCUGUGGUGUAAGUGGUCCCGAGGACUUUGAGGAGAGCCUCUUCAGACUUCUCAGCCCCACUAAGAUGGUCCCUGAGGCCUGUUGCCAGAGGAACGGUUACCGUGGAGACAUGGAGCAGUGUAUGAGCGGCACUGUGGCCUUUCGACACAACAAGGGCUGUUACUCGGCCAUGGUCGACUAUUUUGAGACCUACAUUUACACAGCAGGAGCUCUGGCCAUCGUGGUGCUGACAAUUGAACUCUUCGCUAUGGUUUUUGCCAUGUGUUUAUUCAGAGGCAUCCAGUAACUGCUCCAGUACCAGCAUCUUCAGCCGUCAGAGAAGCACAAGCAGAAGGAUGCAGAUGGAAAAACAAAACUGUAAAAUAUGAAACGUAUUUGUACAGUGAUAGUUUAUGUGUGUCGUUGGUUUUGUGACAUCAUUUUGUACUUCACUACAGCGGGGCAUUUGAGGCACUGCUCAGAGCACAAUAACAGACACACGGACAGGACGAUAUCCGAGACCGAGACUCCGCACUGUUUUUCUACAAGAAGAAGCAUUCACACAGGUGCUCAGACAUUCUACAGCCUAAACACAGACAGAAAACUAUGGGUUAAAGGCUCAACACAGAGGCCACUUUAAUCCAGCACAACGGAUCAAAUGGACCCAACAGUGUAAAAACCAGGGUUUACUGCAGCAUUUUAUCUUCAGUAUAAAAAUACUGAUAAUGAGGGUUUUCAGUAUCACAAGCACUGCACAAAGCAGUGCAGGUAUUAGCACAUAAAGCUGGGCUAUAUUUUACAGAGAACCUCCAAACAUAAGCAGAUGUUUGGCAGACAUUACAUACACUUUAUUUUUAAGAUAGAAUCUCUUAAAUCUGAAGUGACUUCAGUAGAUUUAGCAGAUCAGUAACAGUUUGGACCAUUCGGUGUGCGCUGCCGAGUCUUUUCACUUGAUUUUCUUUCAGUAUCUUCUAGUUUUACAUUCAUGCAGAAUUCAGUAUUUAGUUAAAUGAAAUGGAACUGUAUUCAGUGUUUAAAUGUGUCAUGAAACACCUGUACAGUCAUGCAUCUUCACACCAACUGACUGAAUAUAUGUGAGAGUGCAUGUGUGUGUAUAUGUAAAUAUGCAGUAGGACUGUGCCAGUGUACAGUAUUUACAGUGUUUUCUCUUUGUGCACAGUGUAAUGUUCAUUUUCAUAGUGGUUAUAAAAUGGUAUUUAAGCUAAAAAGUUUCUGUUUGUGGGAAAACUUGAUUUUAUUUGUAAAUGGCACUGUUCGAUAUUAAACUGAAUCUGUGAUUUUAAUAGUAUAAUGA